GAAGCAGCGGACUGUGUCAAUCUGCCGCGCAGGUUUAUCUGUGGGCGCAGGCUAUUAGGAGGAGGCCGGAAGUGCAGUCACUGAGAGCUGAAAGCACAGACCACCUUAACAUCAUAACAACAAAUCCACCAGCGAAGAAUGUGUGCCCUUUGUAAGAACCUGCCACACAGUGAUCUUCUGAAGCUGCCAGGCUGAGAAUACAAUUGGGAGUCAUUCAAAGCUCUGUUUCUUCAGAGGAAAGAUUCUGUACUGGUCGGCAAAGAUCAACAAAUUCUUUCUAAAUGUUGGGUAACCAGAAAUGUAUAGAAAAGUAAGCAGAAUUUGCCUUGCUUCUGAACCCAACAUAACUCAUUUUCUACAAGUGUCUUGGGAGAAAGCACUAGGAUCUGGUUUUGUUAUUAUGCUCACUGAUGGUCAUUCAGCAUGGACUGGGACAGUUUCUGAAUCAGAGAUUUCCCAAGAAGCUGAUGACAUUGCCAUGGAGAAAGAAAAAUAUGUUGAUGAACUGAGAAAAGCCUUGGUGUCAGGAGCAGGAGCCGCAGACAUGUACAAGUUUAUCUUUUCUAAAGAGUCCGGUCAUUUCUCCUUUGACAAAGAACUGAAAGAUGUUUCAUUCAGACUUGGUUCUGUCACCCUCGACAAAGUUGCAAACACAGCUGAAGUCAUUAGAGAACUUAUUGGCUACUGCCUGGACACCAUUUCAGAAAACGAAGCCAAAAAUGAGCACCUGCUGAAAGAAAAUGAAAGGCUUCUGAGAGAUUGGAGCGAUGUUCAAGGACGAUUUGAAAAAUGUGUGAGUUCCAAAGAAGCCUUGGAAACUGAUCUUUAUAAACGAUUUAUUUUGGUAUUGAAUGAGAAAAAAGCAAAGAUCAGAAGCUUACAUAAGUUGCUAAGUGAAGUUCAAGAACUGGAAAAGAAUGCUGAAUGUGGAAGGGAAAGUGCAAUGUGUUCUGAAAUAACUGCUGACCAAGAUGCAGUCUAUGAUGAAAGUACUGAUGAAGAAAGUGAAGCCUCAGUGUUGGCUCCAGCUACACAUUGUAAGGACGAUUCCAUUUUUUCAAGUCCCGAUGUCACCGAUAUUGCACCAAGCAGGAAGAGGAGACAUUUAACACAGAAAAAUCUUGGGAUAGAACCAAAGAUGGUUCCACAAGAGCACCAGCUUCAGGAAAAGGGAAACACUCAAGCAGAGGAAAGUAGACUGUGCAAGUUCAAGACCAACCUUUCUACACGACUUGACCCUGCACUACCUGAGACCUUGAAAAAGGAGCAGACAUCAACUGAAAACAUGUCUUUAGAAACCCUGAGAAAUACCGGUCCAGAGGAUCUCUUUGAUGAAAUAUAAGUCCCCAAAUCUACUUUCAUAUCCACUGAACUAUGCUUUCUAUUCAUUUUAAGAUGAAAAUGCCCACUUUCAACUCUACAGCAACAAUUACUGUGCCUUCCAAAUUAAUUACUUAUACAAAAAAGCUUCCACGUGAGCAUGAAAAUCUGAUUGGAUGGCAGUGGUACACUUCUAAUCUGUGUCUUCACCUUGUUUAUAAUUACAUAGAAAUCUGAUUUUCCAUGCAAAGACACACUUAUCAUAUCCAUUUUAACAGAUUCAUUAUAGUAUCUCUCGAAUGUCCUGUCCAGGAAAAUUUUGGAAAUAAGGCAAAAAAAUCUUUUUAAGAUGUCUCUAGUUCAUUGUGAAUUCUCAGAUGAUGAACAAUAUAAUUGAACAUUUUAAUUUGUGACAUAAAGUAUAUCUUUAGGUUCUGUGGAAACAACCUGAAGGUCUGAGACAUAAAAAUUUU